AUGCUUCCAUUGUACCUAUUUGCGAUUGUGAUGCUCAUGACGUCCAUGACUACCUUCGUGGGCCUGUACAUUCCAUAUCGGUGCACUAGGCAACGUGUUUGGCUGGUGAUGCCAACCACUAAUCUUGUGUGGUCCACGCUGUUCUCACUGGUGGUCAAUGGAUCCAUCAUAGCCGUGGAUUACAGCUUUGAAGAGGAGAUAUACGAUGUCAUCAACCUCGUUGAUCACAUGAUUCGUCUGGCCGUGGCUUUAGCUGGCCUGGGCAUGGGCUUCAGUAUGCAGAUCUUCUUGGUGCAUUACAUGUAUGUCCAGGAGGGCGCCGCUGUCCGGAGAUUUCGACGCUGGUUGUGGAUCAAGAUGGUUGGAACCCCCGCUGCGCAGCUCAUUGAGUGUGAGGACUUGGCUGCAGCAUGCCCUGGGGAGUGCGCCAUCUGCUUAGAGCCUCUGGUGUGCCUGCCGGAGCACUUGGCCCUAAGCCCGGCUCGCGGUUCAAAGGUUUCGCGGGAGGUGGGUUUGCUAAGACUUCCUUGUGAGCAUACCUUUCACGGUUCCUGCGCUGAUGGAUGGAUGAUCCGCGAGGUCACCUGUCCUUUGUGCCGCGCGCCCAUCGGGAGCCUGAAGCGCUGUCAGCGGAUCUGUCUCCGAAGAGGAGCCUCCCGUUUUGGGGAAGGUGGAGAAACUCCGAGUACCCCUUCUGUGGACGUAGGAGACUUUUUCAGUGUCACUUGGUACGGCGGGAUCUGUUGGCAUUGCGGUUGCCGUUUGGUGAUCAUGGCCGUGGUAGAUCCCCAUUUGGGCAAAGGUCUUCAGGAUCUCCCACCCAUAGGUAUUACAGGGUCCCAUUACCUGGAUGAUGACCCUGUGGGCUGUGUAUCACCCAGGAUGCAGCAACUCCAACAUCCACUUGUUGAUGAGCAAUGA